CGCUCGCGUAGUCCCAUUUUCUUUUAAUCUUUUCUUUAUUUGCCCGAAAAGGGUGAAAGAUUUCGUGUUGAUUUCUGGUUCCACAUCCGUCAAUAAUGAUGGCGACUGAUGAGCAAACGCCAAGCUGCUGCUGCGACUGUCCCCCAACCCUAACACUCGGGAGUUCUCUUCUGGUUUUAUUUUAUAAUAAUAAUAAUAAUAAUAAUAAUAAGCAUAAAAUGAAUGAGCUAGUCUUGCCCGUCUCGUUCCCAUUUCUCUGUCUGAUUAUUAAUUAGUUCAGCCAUUGGUUUCUUGAAGUAGGGAUUUCAGGAGAUGAGCAUUUCCCUCACUCUCUCUCAUGGGGUUAUUUAAUCCUUUUCCUAGGUAGUGGGCAAAGGCACAAACCCUCUGUAGGGGAGAAGGCAUAAGCCAGCCCAACCCCUCCAUUGAAGAGAGCCUAUUUUCGCCCAUCCCUUCCUCACUUUCCUUUUUUUGACCCUUUUGGCGCACUAUUCUCUCUCUGUUUCGUCAGCAGAUUCUAGGGAUUUCUUGAUGGGCUAAUGAUUGCUUCCACUUGUUGUUUAUUUCCUUUGACACCCCCCCCUUUCACCCUCUUCUUCUUCUUCUUCUUCUUCUUCUUCAGGUUCCUCUCGUGGGAACCCUAUCUGUGAUCAUGGGCUGCGUCCACGGCAAGUGCUGCGGCGCGGACGACUACUGCUGCUGCUGCUGCUGCUGCUGGUGUUGCGGCGACUCUUCGGCUGCCGGAAGCGAGGGAGGCGGCGGCGGCGCAGCAGACGUCGCCCCUUGCGGCGUUGUUCUCCACAACGACGGCAGCCUUCUCGGCCAGCGCCGGCAGGUCCUCUUAGGCGCCCCGCUGGGCUCCGCCGCCGUCCCCUCCCACCACUUCCGCCUCGUCUACUCCUCCCUCAGCCAGCGCGGCCACUACCCCGAAUCCCCCGACCGCGAGAACCAGGACUGCCUCUGCAUCCGCACUCGCCUGCAGGACAACCCCAACCUCCACUUCUUCGGCGUCUUCGACGGCCACGGCCAGUUCGGCGCCCAGUGCGCCGCCUUCGUCCGCGACCGCCUCGUCGACAUCCUGUCUGCCGACACCCGCCUGCUGGAUUCCCCCGCGGAGGCCUACGCCUCGACCUUCCUCGCCACCAACACCGAGCUCCACGAUAGCAGCAUCGACGACACGAUGAGCGGCACCACAGCCAUCACCGUGCUCGUCAGCGGCGACACGCUCUAUGUGGCCAAUGUGGGUGACUCCCGGGCUGUUGCAGGCGUCUGGAAUGGCUCCGCCGUGGUGGCCGAGGAUCUGUCUUGCGACCAGACGCCGUUCAGGAAGGACGAGUAUGAGAGGGUGAAGCAGUGUGGGGCUCGGGUUUUGAGUGUGGACCAGGUGGAGGGGGUUAAGGACCCUAACAUACAACACUGGGGGAAUGAGGAGAACGAUGACGGGGACCCACCGAGGCUGUGGGUCCCGAAUGGGAUGUACCCGGGGACUGCGUUCACGAGGAGCGUGGGAGACUCAACGGCCGAGAGUAUCGGCGUUAUUGCAGAGCCUGAGGUGAAGGUGCUGAAGAUUGCGUCGCACCAUCUCUUCUUUGUCAUUGCAAGUGAUGGGGUUUUCGAAUUCCUUUCUAGUCAAGCUGUGGUUGACAUGGUGUCUAAAUUUGAAGAUCCUCGGGACGCAUGCUCAGCAGUUGUUUCGGAGUCUUAUAAGAAUUGGUUAGAGCACGAAAGUCGGACGGAUGAUAUAACAAUCAUUGUUGUGCACAUCAAAGACUUAAGUCAUGUAGAUUCAACCUUGCGUCAUGACCCAUCGGAAGUAAUGGUAUUCUUCAAACAAGCAGCAAAGCUUCCCAAGUUGUUGAGAGGGUAAAGGAUGAGAAAAUUGUGUUGCGAAUGUCAGAAGCAUUUCAUCAUCCUGGCUCGCCAAAAGAGCCAAGCUCAGCAUGUGUUGCUCCUUCUCUAACACACCCUUUAUCUGUUGAAACGUGAGUAGUCCAGAGCAAUAGAGCAAAUGCCAUGCCUCACAUCAUUCAACUUCUUCAUCAUGUUAUCAUUACUUUUGAGCAUCCAUGGCAAAGGUCUUUCAGAAUGAGUGGGAGGAUUAAAUAUCGAGCUCAUCAUUCUCCAGUACCAGAAAUUCUCAAUUUCCAAGCUUCUGCUGCUAACAGCUUGUCCUUUCAUACAGAUGAGUUCUCAUAAUUCUGUCUAAUUGGAACACAUACGUAAAUGUUUUGAUGGAUUUCAGUUGCCAGUGGAGCUAGCUUAUCCUGUAGGGGAAAAUAAAUUUCAAUUCCCUGUAAUAGACCAUAAAGAUGUGUAACAUGAGCCAAGAAUAAUUCAACCUGUAGCUCACUACUUGUUGGCGGGGACAGAAAAUGUAUAAAUGAUGUGCCGUGUGGCGACAAUUGGCGGCUGGAAUUGACACUACCAAGGACGGAAAUUUUAGGAGAGAGCAUGGAGUUAUUUGUCUUUCUUCUUUUCUGUUUAGUGUUUGAGAAAAUUGCUAAUCAGCUAUUCUACAAUUUGAGUGGCAUUACUUUCUUUGAAGGACGGAAAUUUUAGGAGAAAGCGUGAAAUUAUUUCUUUCUUCUU